GGCUUGUUGAGUGAAUAGAUGCUCGUGCUCCUGUGAGCGGCGCGGGGACACUUGCUGUGCGGAGAAGAGCCAGAGACAGUGGACGCAGCUCCGGACAAACAAAACAGAUCACUUUCACCCAAAACAUCCAACAUGUCUUCCAAGUGCCCCAAGUGUGAGAAGACGGUGUAUUUCGCUGAAAAGGUGUCAUCGCUGGGGAAGGACUGGCACAAGAUGUGUCUCAAGUGUGACCGCUGCAACAAGCUCCUGAACGCCGGAGGCCACGCUGAGCACGACGGACGGCCCUACUGCCACAAACCGUGCUAUGCUGCCCUCUUUGGGCCAAAAGGCGUAAACAUCGGUGGAGCCGGCUCUUAUGUGUACGAUGCUCCAGCCAACAACAACCCCACCAGUGUGGAUUCGGCCCCAAAAGCUGAAGAGAAGCGAGUGUUCGUCCCCAAGGCAGCACCCAAAGCAGCUGGAAGCAUCACCACCUUUUCUGGAGAGGCCAACCUGUGUCCCCGAUGCAGCAAGAAGGUCUAUUUUGCUGAGAAGGUGACAUCACUGGGUAAGGACUGGCAUCGACCCUGUCUGCGCUGUGAGAGGUGCAGCAAGACUCUGGCUCCUGGCAGCCAUGCAGAGCAUGACGGCCAGCCCUACUGCCACAAACCCUGCUACGCUGUCCUCUUCGGGCCCAAAGGCGUGAACACUGGUGGUGUUGGCAGCUACAUCUAUGAAAAGGAGCCCAGUGCAGUGACCCAGCCUUGAACCUUUUGUCCCCUCAGCUUCAUCCCUCCUCUUCUCUACACAACACUGACCAUCAACCACAGUAUUAUUCGUCCUCUUCCUCCCACCUGUGUGCUCAUACCUGAGACAAAUUCUCCUUUUUCUCCUUUAUUCUGACCCGCUCCCAGCUGAUUUAGCACCAAGAGGAAUGAUUUAAAAUGGCCUAAACAUGUGUUGCACAUACAUUUGCUGCGGGAGAGCCACACCAAGCAUUCCCACAGGCGAUUACAAGUACUUUAAGGCCAUGUUUACACAUUUAUAAAUGUCACCACAGUCACAUACGAAGGUCCUAUAUUUCAAUUUUUGUACCCUGACAACAGUGUGAUUGAGGAUAUCUGUUUGGAGGUGACGGAUGUUUAACAGAAAUGUGACAGAGAUUGAUUCUCGGGUGUGGAAAAGUGCAUGGAGGUGAAGGUGUUGCAAGUUGACAGCUGGAGGAAUUUGGCCCUCGAGGCUACUGCACCCACAUGUGGUGCUCAGAAUCAUUUUGCCAAUAAAUCUUGUAUUUUAAAAUAUGCCAUAUUUAUAUUUUGGCUGCCUGAAAACAUUCCUUAUUUAAAAAGAAAGACAUCCCAACAUAUUGCAGAAAAGGAGGGAACGUGGGCACUGAUACAUGACUUUCAACACAUCCACAAAGCUGUAUUGAGGUCAACAUGAAUUUAUUUGACUUUGAAGGACAUAUUAUUAACCUGUUUAAGUUCAAGAUCUGUGCUAAUAAACAACAAAACCGUCCAUUUUCAAAAUGAGGCAGAAUGUGGGUGAGGUUUUCUAAACGGAGGGCUGUGGUUAGCCAGAAAAGAAACAAGUAUUUAUUGCUUCAAAUUAAGUCCUUAAAAUUUAAGUAGCCAUUGUACUACUACCCUUUACGGGACUGGUUGUGAAGGAGGUCAAUGUAGGCUGUAAAAAAUCUCUACCAUCAACCUUUUUUUAUUGUUUAUUAUAAAUAAAUAACCCUGCUGUUAUUUCCAGAGAAAUGACACGCUAUUUGAAGUAUUUUUCGCCGUUAGCAGAGACAGUAGCUUAGCUCGUAGACACACUGCAGACAAGUCAUUCUGUGAGAAUGUGCAUCCUAGUAUUACCGUAAGACUGUUACUGUGUUUGUUUAAUACCUGUCGUACAUCGUAGGGCUCACUGUUUGUAGAACUGAGACGCUGCACUUCAGCCCUGCUGCAUUUUGUCUUUUUAAUCCCUCGAAUAAAUAUCUAAUAAACUCUU